AUGAUAUUAGGAAUAGGAGUUGAUAUAGUACAUUUAUCACGAAUUGCAGCUAUCAUAUCUAGAAGAGGAAGAGAUAGAUUCGCAAGAAGAAUCCUUAGUCCAAUUGAAUGUAAAGAAUUUCAACUAAAUUGCUCAUCAUCGUCUUUUGAUGAUCAGAAACAAUUAACAUAUUUAAGCUCGAGAUGGUGUAUAAAAGAAGCGACAUAUAAAGCUUUAUAUCCCAUACAUAAGCUUGAAUGGAAACAAGUAACAAGUUUUAACCUCGAAAAUAAAGGUAAACCCGAAAUAGAUAUAGUGAAUAGUGAAAAAUAUGGAAUACAAAAAGCCCAUUUAUCUUUGUCGCAUGAUGGAGAAUAUGCUAUCUCUCAAGUUAUACUAGAAGGAAAGUCAAAAUAA